CACCAAGUCUCCACUCUCCCCACCGCUCCGUCACGGUAUAUAUGGCUGGGGGUCGACAUAGGAAUACAACAGGCCCUCACAAGGGUGGUGCUCGUCGCGCAGAAAACAGCAGAAUCUAUGCACAUCCCCUUCCUAUUAUCUUUCACAAUCCUUUUCCUAACGGAGUCCGUUCCCUUCUUGGCCUCCUCGGUCUUUCCCUGAACGAGGUCGUCAAUCCUCACUGCGAAGGAUAUCUUGAUGUCGCAACAAAAUCUGUCUGGAUUACCGAUCCGAGAUCCUCAAAAGUCCUAUGGAAAAAGGGAUUCUUUGGUAAAGGCGAUCUCUCUCGAAGUGAACCUAGCUGGCUUGCACGACAAAUAAAUGACAGAAAGGCUGGUCGCACGGGACUUACCUCUGAGCAACUCAGGGAAAAACGAAGAGCAGAGAGAAAACAGUUCAAACUCGAUCGAGCACAAGCUAUUGCAGCAACUGCUGCUGAAGCAGAAGCCAUUUUCGAAACAGAAGGGCGUAUAAUUGUUCCUGCAUUGUCUGGCCCUGACAUACCUUCUGGUGCUACAUGGAAGCCUCCGCCCGCCUUUGAGGCAUCGCGAAGUGUCGUCGAACUCCCGCUUCAAAUGGGACAAGAGGAUGAUGAUUAUAUUGAAGAUAUCGAACACUUACAACUCACCUUAUGUGAAGCCUUUUUCCUCGCGUGGAACCUCGACUGUCUUACUAUAAUAGACCCUCAUGCUGAUGAACCUCUGACUCUAGAACAAUUAUGGACUACGUUUCAGCACAUCAACCUCGCACCACCAAUACCUAAUUCACCACCCCUGCGGUUACAGCUGGAUAACCCGUUUCUCGUCCAUUACGCUGCCUACCACCACUAUCGCUCAUUAGGGUGGGUGGUGAAGAAUGGGCUGAAGUUCUGUGUUGACUAUCUACUUUAUAAACGAGGUCCAGUCUUCACACACGCAGAAUUCGCAGUCGUAGUAUGUCCUGUUUACGAGGAUCCCGCGGAUCAAGAAAAUUCGACAGUGAAUCUACAAAACGCAUCAGCUUUUGCCUGGUCGUGGCUUGGCACCGUUAACCGCGUGAAUUCGCAAGUGAUGAAGACUCUUAUAUUGUCUUACGUGACAAUACCUUCCCGCUCUCGAGUGUCCUCGGACAUUAUGACUUCCCCUGCGUGUUUUUCGAAGUAUUCAGUCAGAGAGGUUGUCGUACGGAGAUUUAUUCCAGCUCGUAUGAGAGACUGAGAUUAGAUUUACAUUAUCCAUCUAUCUAUAAUGGUGUACGAGAUAUUGACUGCCGCUCAUGGAUAUGGACCGCCCUCUU